UUUUUUAGAAAUAAUGGGUGAACGUAAAGGCCAAAAUAAAUAUUAUCCGCCAGAUUUUAAUUGGCGUACUCACAAAACAUUAAAUAGUUAUCAUGGUGUUCAUGCAUUACGGGAGCGUGGAAAGAAAGCAAAUGUUGGAAUUUUAACAAUUAGAUUUGAAAUGCCCUUUAAUGUUUGGUGUUUGGGAUGUAAUAAUCAUAUUGGUAUGAGUGUACGUUAUAAUGCGGAAAAGAAGAAGGUUGGAAUGUAUUACACAACACCAAUUUACGAGUUUCGUAUGAAGUGCCAUCUUUGUGAUAAUUAUUUCAUCAUACGCACAGAUCCAAAAAAUUUUGAUUAUGAAUUGGUUGAAGGAGUUAGGCGGCAGGAAAUCCGUUUUGAUCCAUCUACUAUCGAUAAUUUGGCACCAGUAGAUCGAACGAUGAGUUUAAAAUUAGCCUCUGAUGCUAUGUUUAAGACAGAACAUACAGUUGAGGAUAAACAAAAAUUAGCAGGGGAUGAUCAAAGAAUUGACAAACUUGAAUGGAUCCAGUCAAGGCUUUAUGAUGAUUUUGGGGCGAAUUCCGCAUUACGGAGUGUUUUUCGAACAGAAAGAAAAGCAUUAACAGAACGUAGAGUGAAAGAUGCUGAUAUACAACAAAGACUUUCAACAGAAGUUUCUCUUUUACCAGAAAAUAAAGAAGAUGCAAUAGCUGCAAAAAGAUUGGUGCUAAGCAAACAAUUGGAUGUUUACAAAGAAAGAGAUGAAACAUUAAGCAAAGAAAAACUUAUGAAGCAACCAAUACAUUUUGAACAAAAUUCUAGCAUUGUUUCUUCUUCUCCAUCAACAUCAAAAUGUUCAUUUACAAAAAGCUCAAGUAAACUUUUAGCUGAAAAAUUACAUCAACAAUCAGUUAAAAAUGCAUUAGAAAAUUGUAAGUGGAAAGGCGAUGGAGGAGGUUCUGUUGGAGGAAAGAUUAAAAGAAGAAUACUUUUAGGUGUUAAAACCAAUCAAAAGGGAAACAAUAAAACUAGAAAAACAAAAAACAGUAACAAUGAUGAAGAAAUAUUAAAAGAAGACGAAGUGGACAUAGAAUGCAUAGAUGAAAAAGAAGAAACAAGUAAUGGUGAACAAUCAUCUUUUCUACCUGGAAUUUCGAUAUAUAAUUGUGAAGAUUAUGAUAGCAGUAAUUCUGAAGAUAAUAAAGAUAUAUUUUAAAGU